CGAUAACAAGCUCCGUGAACCGGAAGCACGUCACUAACAUUUCCUGUUUCCGUCAACACACGUGUGUUUGUGUGGCGAAAACGCAAGAGAAGUCAACAGAACCAGAUUCCGUUUGGACCCGUUUGGAAGCAGUUCGCGAUGUUGCAGCAGCUGGGUCUGAUCGGGACUCUACGGGAUGAGGACCAGAGUCCGGAGGAACCCGACACCGAGUCCGAGCAGGAGGACCAGCCGAUCGUCCUGAACAGGAAGAAGAAGUUGGGGGGGCGCGGGGCGAACGACUUCAACGCUGACUUUGAUUUCGGAGAGAGAGAGGGGCCGAUCGACGACGACUGGGUGAUGGCCGACAUCAUGAAGCAGCUCAAGACCAAGAGGACGGCGACCACUCUGGAUCAGAAGAUAGAGAAGAUCAGGAAGAAGAGGAAGGCUGAGGAGAGAUGUGCUGAGGAGAACCAGGAGGACCCGGGAAACCAGGAGGACCAGGAGGACGAUGUGAAGCCAGCGGCAGGAGAGGAAGAUGAAAAUGAUGAUGAUGAAGAGCAGGAGGAUGAUGAAGAUGAGUUUGAUUCAGACGAUGAAGAGAUUCUGACCAAAUCAGACACGCUGAGAGACAAAGACCGACGCCGGAGGAAGAGGAAGGGGGGAGCGGAGGCUCCGGACUCGUUCUACGCCGACGCGUCUCAGUUCGAUGAUCAGCUGACGUUUGACGACAUGAACCUGUCCCGCCCACUGCUCAAGGCCAUCAGCUCCCUGGGGUUCCAGCAGCCGACCCCGAUCCAGAAGGCCUGUGUUCCCGUCGGUCUGCUGGGCCGAGACCUGUGUGCCUGCGCUGCUACCGGGACAGGGAAGACUGCGGCCUUCAUGCUGCCUGUGUUGGAGCGCUUGGUUUAUAAACCCCGGACCACCCAGGUGACCCGGGUCCUGAUCCUGGUUCCCACCAGGGAGUUGGGGAUCCAGGUCCACUCUGUGGGCCGCCAGCUGGCCCAGUUCACCUCCAUCACCACCUGCCUAGCUGUCGGCGGGCUGGACCUGAAGUCCCAAGAGGCUGCGUUGCGGGCGGGUCCAGAUGUUCUGGUGGCCACGCCGGGCCGGCUCAUUGAUCACCUUCACAACACGCCGAGCUUUGAGCUGAGUCACAUCGAGAUCCUGAUCCUGGACGAGGCGGACCGGUAUGCGGACGAGUACUUCGAGGAGCAGAUGAAGGAGAUCAUCCGCCUGUGUUCCUACAACAGACAGACCAUGUUGUUCUCUGCCACCAUGACGGAGGAGGUGAAGGAGCUGGCGGCUGUCUCGUUGAAGGAGCCAAUCAGGAUCUUCGUUAACAGCAACACAGACGUGGCUCCGUGUCUGAGACAAGAGUUCAUCAGAAUCCGCCAGAACCGGGAGGGAGACAGGGAGGCCGUGGUGGCCGCGCUGCUGACUCGGACCUUUCAGGAUCACGUGAUGUGUUUCACUCAGACGAGGAAACAGGCUCACAGACUGCACAUCCUGCUGGGACUGCUGGGGCUGAAGGUCGGAGAACUGCACGGGGAACUGAGCCAGAACCAGAGACUGGAGAACCUCAG